AUCAAUCUGUGCACUGCUCGGCGCUCUACGGAAGGAAAAUAAAUAAAUACAGUAUACAUAUAUUGUAUAUUUUGAAAAACACAUUUCUGCAUUUGUGGAGUGUAUUAUUAUUAUACUUCCCUCUAUCUGCAUAAUGGUCAAUGAGCUGAACAGACCACCAAAUGGGGACAAUGCCGCCCUCAGCGAGCGCCUGGCCGCCUCCAAUCGGCAGCUUCAGGAGAUGCAGGAGGAACAUCGUCAGCUGCUGGAGGAGAUGGAAACCUUAAGAACACGCGCUGCAGAGCUCACCCGACUGAAUGCCCAGCGCCAGCAGAUAAGGCAGACAGGCCGCGGAGAAGAGCAGCAGCCUCUAGCAGCGCCGCCCAGUCCAGCAGAAACGCCAAUCGCAGCUCCAGUCGAUCCCGAACCAGUGGCCGCCGCUUCUGCAGAAGGUGUCCAAAAAGAGGAAGAGGAACACUGCGAUGAAAACAAAGAGGAAACAGCAAGUUAUCUGCAGGAAAAGUUGAGUGAGAUCGCCAACCUGAAGGCCCAAUUCAAACGAGUCCAGCACAUGGUCGAUACUACAAAGCUGAUCGAGCAGCACGUGUCCACCAGGGAAUCUUCGCAGACCUCCACUAUUUCAAGUCAGAGCAGCCGACAAACGACAAGCUCAUCAAAUGCCACCAGGGAAGUUCGCGUGCCAGCCGAGGCGGAAGAGACGCCCCAGCCAGCUCGCACCGCUGCUGACCCAGAUAACGCGGAGCUGCUGAAUUCAAUGCUAAACAUGUUUACGGAUUUCACCAGUGACCUGCGCGGCCAGGCGGAGAGUCUGCGGGCGGAACGGGAUCGCAUUAGGACGCUCAAAGAAGAGAUUAUUCAGCGUAAACAGGGAAAAUAGUCUCUAAUCUUGACGAAUUUAAGAA